AUGUCUACAAUAAACCAAAGGUUAAAAAUCUUUGUUAAAUUGAAAAACGACAAGAAGAUUGAUACUGAAACGUUUAAAGCAGCAUUUGAUACUGUGGUUGACGACGACGACUCACAUAAAUCUGGAAGCCAAUCAAUAAGUGGUGCAACAGUCACAGAAAGUGUAAUUAGGUCAUCAUCUGAUCCCUUCCAAGAGCUAACAAAAGAAAUGAAUAAAUUAACAAAGUCAGUAUCGGAAUUAAGUUCUAAAAAUACUAAAGCUUCGGCACCAGUUUUUACGGCAGCGCGAAUAAUGUUUGAGAAAUUAAAUUUAAAAGCAACAUCAUUUUUACCGGCAAAAUCACGAUCAUUUGAAUUAAACAAUAAUAAUAAUUAUACAAUGGAUUUUAGGACCUGUUAUAACAAAAAUGAUAAAUAUUUUGCCUACAAUGAUGUGCAAAUUCCUCAACGUUCAAAACAACCUGAACAGAUAGAAACUGAUGUUAUAAUGUUUGUACAAACAGACGGAUGUCCAUUUGUGUUCUCCAGCCCUCAUUCAUCACCGCGUAAACUUUAUUCUUUAGAUCAAUAG